AUGAGUCAUCUACUCGACCACCCAUAUACGCACAGACUCAAUGAGCUACGCACAGCCUCAGUGAGACUCCAUUACCCAGCACUGCCAGCAUCAUGCGGAGACGGUAAGGACGACAUCGGUGCCACGAGUGGUCCGGUGGUGAACUCCUCCAUGUCUCUGCUCCCUCCCUCCUCUCUGCAGCUCUCUGAAGGCUCGGCCUCGCUGCUCUGCCUGCUCUCAGCCUAUUCUCCACAGGGGGUGCUACUGAGCUGCACCAUGGAUGGUGCUGAGAGCAGCAGGGUUUUUGUACGGCCGCUAAACCUGUUUGUAUCACUGUGGUGGACUUUUGGUGGAGGAACCAAACUGUCUGUGGGCCGUGUCACUCAGCCCAGUGUGACGGUGUUGCCUCCCUCCAGGGUGGAGCUGCAGCAGGAGAAGGUCACACUCAUGUGUGUGGCCGACAAGGGCUUCCCCUCGGACUGGACACUGAGCUGGAAGGUUGAUGGGAGCAGCUGGAGCUCGGGGGAGAGCCGCAGCACCGCCGUUCUGCACGCGGACGGCCUCUACAGCUGGAGCAGCACGCUGAGCCUCCACCCGGAGCAGUGGAGGAACAAGGUGGUGACCUGUGAGGCCUCCAAAGACAACCAACCUACUGUGGUGGGCAGAGUGAACACAGAGCAGUGCUCAGAGCUGUGA